UGUGGAGGUUUGACGUAUUGCCCCGUAAGGUCCAACACGUUGAAGAGAAAGAAAGGAUUGGAAGAUCAUAUAAAAUAGCUUUUUAUGUGGAUUAUAAAAUAUUUAUCAAAAAGUAAAGAAAGACUAACGAUGAAUAAUUACUCCCUUGGCGACACGUACACAAAACAAGAAGUUUAGGACAAGAACGAAGAUUUCAUUACAACUACUGCUAGAAUCCAUUAUCAAUUCUACAUCGAGAGAAAACAAUACGAACUCCAUUAGAGUGGCCAUAGGGUAUUGACUUUCAUUUCAUUUCGUGAUUAAUUCAUUAAUAAAAAGCAUCAUGUCAACACUCAGCGAGGAAAAUGUGGCAAAGUUUAACCAAAGGCAGAGGAAGGUGUCGUCAUUGGCACGUGAUGGAGCGACUGAUUCGGCUGUCACAGGGCCGACAAUCCGAAGAAUCUCCCGGGCGGAAGCCCAGGGAGCCGGUGGCGGAUUGGGAGUUCCUGGACGUCGGAUAUCUUCGUAUGGACGCGAGCGACGACUCAGCUCAUCAGACCGUAGCGGAGGAUUAACAAGCCGCCCCGAACCCGUGCCCACAAUCGUGAAAGUUCAGAACACGUAUCAAAUGGAGCCCACCACCAAUAACAAGUUCAACCCAUCUCGUGUAGAAAAGGUGGCGCUGAGUAUUUUGGAUACGUACCUCGACUGUGAGGAUUAUAAUGGUAAAAAGAUGUCGCAUCUAAGCCAGACAUUGUCAGAAAUGAUAAAAAACAGAGUGAAAGAAAUGAACUUCCCACGUUAUAAAAUAGUUUGUGUAGUCACCAUCGGGCAGAAUUGUGGUCAGGAUUUUCGGUCCGCCAGUAGGUGUCUAUGGGACAGGGACAAUGAUACAUUUGCUACAGUCACAUUCAAGAACAGCUCCUUGUUUGCAAUUGCCAAUGUGUAUGCAACGUAUUUUGAAUGAAAUGAAAGCGUUCAAAAUAAAUGGAACACGGGUAUGCCUAUAAUUCAAGCACAAGUGCCCACCAGGAGUAAAUAUGGAAGCUAUAGACCAUAGACAUUAUAUUGAACAUGGUGUGAUCUACACUGUAAUGUUGGAUGCUGAUCAUGACUAUUUUCAAGCGAAAAGUACAAUUCUGAAAAUUUGUACGUGACUUGUGUUCGUCGGCUUUGUCGAUUUUUUCACAUAUGACAUGUUGCAAUGGAAAAGGGUUUUCUAUUUAUUUUGUACUUUUGUUACAUGAACCAAGGCCAAGUAGUUACAGAACGAUUCCAGGGAAAAUACUCUCCAUGCAAUAAAAGAGAUGAACUUUAAAAUCCUUAAAGUAUGAUAAAACUAUUUUUUAACAAGUAUCACUUCUUUAUAAAACUAAUAAUGCAUUCACAUAUCUGGAGCACGCUCUAUACAGUUUCAAUGCAAAAUUAAAGGCAUGUUAACGAAAGGUAUGUUCAUUCAUAGUAUAGCUACAAAUCAAUUUUAAACAACGGAUGGGAAAUUGAGUGCA